GGGCAGGCAGGGCCGGGCAGGCAGCUCGGGGCCUCUCCGCUCCGCUCCGCUCCGCUCCGCUCCGCCAUGCCGGGGCUGCCCCUCGCUCUGCUGCUGCUGCUGCUGCUGUUGGCCCCCCCGGCGCCCCCCGCCCGGGCGGCGCCCCCCCGCAGCACCCCCCGCCCCCGCGGGAUGACGGCUACCCCCGCCGAGCCCGGCCGCCCCGGCGCCCCGGGGAUGGGCACGGGCACCGCGGCGGCCCCCCCCCGAAGGCACCGCGACGGCCCCCCCGAGAGGCACGGCAUCGGCCCCCUCGAAGGGCGCGGCGGGGGGGUGGCCGGGCAGCGCAGCCCCCGCUAGCCCUGCCCCCCCCGAGCGCGGCAGCCCGAAGGAGAUGGGGCCCGGGGCCACAGCCCCAGCACCCAGGAAGAAGCUGGUGCGGGUCAAAGUUGUGAAGAAGAAAGUGGUGAAGAAGAAGAAGCCAAAGGCUCCGGCCAAGGCUGCAGCUGCCCUGCAGGAGCCCCAGUGUCCCCCCCUGGGGCUGGAGUCCUUGCGGGUGCUGGAUUCCCAGCUGCGAGCCUCCAGCGACAAGCGCUAUGGCCUGGGUGCCCACCGCGGGCGCCUCAACAUCCAGUCAGGGCUCUACGAUGGGGACUUCUACGACGGUGGCUGGUGUGCAGGGCAGGAGGACACGAAGCAGUGGCUGGAGGUGGAUGCCCGCCGGCUCACCAACUUCACCGGGGUCAUCACGCAGGGGCUCAACUCCAUCUGGACGUACGACUGGGUGACGUCCUACAAAGUCCAGGUCAGCAAUGACACGUACACAUGGCAUCCGUGCCGCAACGGCACCGAGGAGGCGGUGUUCCCCGGGAACAAGGACCCCGAGACACCGGUGCUCAACCUGCUGCCCUCGCCAGUGGUGGCACGGUACCUGCGCAUCAACCCCCAGACGUGGUUCCCCAACGGCACCAUCUGCCUGCGGGCAGAGGUGCUGGGCUGCCCCCUGCCAGACCCAAACAACAUCUACUCCUGGCAAAGCCAGCCCCUGCCCAGCAGCAAGCUGGAUUUCCGCCAUCACAACUACAAGGAGAUGAGAAAGCUGAUGAAGCGGGUGAACGAUGAGUGUCCCGACAUCACCCGCAUCUACAGCAUCGGGAAGAGCUACCUGGGCCUCAAGAUGUAUGUGAUGGAGAUCUCGGACAACCCCGGGCAGCACGAAGUGGGCGAGCCAGAGUUCCGCUACGUGGCGGGGAUGCAUGGCAAUGAGGUGCUGGGCCGGGAGCUGCUGCUCAACCUGAUGGAGUACCUGUGCCGGGAGUUUCGGCUGGGCAACCCCCGCGUGGUGCAGCUGGUCACCGAGACCCGCAUCCACCUCCUGCCCUCCAUGAACCCUGACGGCUACGAGACUGCCUACAAGUUGGGCUCGGAGCUGUCAGGCUGGGCCAUGGGCCGCUGGACCUACGAGGGCAUCGACCUCAACCACAACUUUGCUGACCUCAACACGGUGCUGUGGGAUGCUGAGGACAAUGACCUGGUGCCCCAUGAGUUCCCCAACCACUACAUCCCCAUCCCCGAGUACUACACCUUCGCCAAUGCCACGGUGGCCCCCGAGACGCGGGCGGUGAUCGACUGGAUGCAGCGGUACCCCUUCGUGCUGAGCGCCAACCUGCACGGGGGAGAGCUGGUGGUCACCUACCCCUUCGACAUGACCCGCACCUACUGGAAGGCGCAGGAGCUGACACCCACUGCCGAUGAUGGGGUCUUCCGCUGGCUGGCCACUGUCUACGCCACCUCCAACCUGGCCAUGGCCAGUGAGGAGCGACGCCUCUGCCACUACGAUGACUUCACCCGCUUCGGCAACAUCAUCAACGGGGCCAACUGGCACACAGUGCCUGGCAGCAUGAAUGACUUCAGCUACCUGCACACCAACUGCUUCGAGAUCACGGUGGAGCUCUCCUGCGACAAAUUCCCGCACGCUUCUGAGCUGCCAGCCGAGUGGGAGAACAACCGGGAGUCCCUGCUGCUCUACAUGGAGCAGGUGCACCGUGGGAUUAAGGGGGUGGUUUGGGACAGGGACACAGAGCAGGGCAUUGCCAACGCCGUCAUCUCUGUGGAUGGCAUCAACCAUGAUGUUCGGACAGCCUUCGACGGGGACUACUGGCGGCUGUUGAACCCGGGCGAGUACGAGGUGACGGCGCGGGCCGAGGGCUACGAGGCGGCCACCCAGCCGUGCCGCGUCUCCUACGAGAACGUGCCCACCCCCUGCAGCUUCCGCCUGGCCCGGCUGCGGCCGCGGCGGCUGCAGGGGCGCCCGGCGGGGGGGGCCCGGCCGCCCCCCGACCUGCUGCUGCGGCUGCGCCGCCAGCGCCUGCGCCGCCUUCGCGCCCACCGCCGCGCACCCUGAGCGGGGGUGUCCCGGGCCGCGGGUUCGGCCGGGGGGCUCGGCGGGGGGCGCGGGGAGCCGGGGCGGGAGCGGGUGCUCCCGACAUCGCCGCUGUGCGGGUGCCCCCAGUAAAGCUGCCUGUGCUGCCGCCGCGCCUGCUGCCGGGCUCUGUCGGGGGGCGGCCGGGCGGCGGGGGAGCGGUCCUGCCCCACAGAUCGGCCCGGGGGGCGUCGGGUCCUGCCCCGCGGAUCGGGGCGUGGGGCGCGUGGGGCGUCGGGUCCUGCCCGACAAAUCGGCCCGAGGGGGCGGGGGGUCGGAUCCAGCCCCACUGAUCGGCCCGGGGGGACAGUGGGGUCGGUGGGGCCGGUCCUGCCCCCCGCCCCAGCCCGGGCCCUUAGCAAGCCCCGCCCCCUCGUAGUCCCGCCCCU